AUGAAAUUGCUUACAAAUUUUAUACGCUGCUCUGCUGGGCGUAAGUCGGUAGCUGCCCGCUACAAAAAAAACUUGUCUACUAGAUCUACGGCUCUAGAGCCUCUCUACAAAAUUAAUGAAUUUGAGUUUGAAAUAGAAGGUAAAUACGCGGAAAACAAAAAAGCAAAGAGGCCGGUUGUAUGGUGUGAUGCUGAAGGUAUAUUAAAUGAGGUUAUUGAACGAAGAAAUGAAACUGGAAAUGUAGCUGUAAAAGUAAUGGCUGAUGGUGGACAGGGUUUUUUCAAAAUUUGCUUAACAAUUAUGCCUAAAAAUUAUAAUCCUGAUGACAAUACGAUCCAUGAAAAUGAAGAGGAUGAAGUGGAUUCCAUAGCCGAAAAGAAGAGAACUCUUUACAGUCAGGGUGGAAGCGUAAACAGGAAAGAAAAUUGA